AUGGUUUGGAGAAUCAAGCAUGAAAAAUCAGCUGCCAGCUCCUUCCUCAGGGCUAGAUUUGUUAAGAAAGAUGGUUCUUUCAAUAAAGGUUGCCGGUCAUCCUCUAUUGCCUUGGGCAUUAGCAAGGUGUGGAAGACGAUGGAGAUGAUUGAGAGAUGGGUUAUUGGGAAUGGUGGCCUUUCGAAUUUCUGGAAAGAUAAAUGGUGGCAUCCCAAAUCUAUUCUUGAAGAGAUUCAGUCUUCUGACCUCCCUCCUCUUGCUACCAACGCCAAGGUUGGUGACUUGAUAAGAGAUGGUCUUCCUAUUAUUGCUGCCCACAUAUGGCGGGAAAUAAAUAGGAUACAAUAUGAAGGAAAAGCAAGGAAAAUGGUUUACUCCUAUGAAUAUAUCCGCCAGGAGCUCACUCUCUGUUUAGGGAGUUCUAAGGGUGAAUUUAAAGCUAUCCCUGACAUUUUAUGCUGCAGAAAGUUGGGGCUGCAUGUUGAAAAUCCCAAGCUUUUGUCGCCCCUUGAAGUGCACUGGUGCAAGCCUCUGAGUAAUUGGGUAAAAAUCAAUGUGGAUGGGAGUUUCUUGGGAAAUCCAGGUCGUGCAAGGGCAGGGGACAUUGUCCAUGAUAGCGAUGGGCAGGUUUGUAAUGCCUUUAGUAUUUUUUUGGGCAUCAAGAAGAUUUAUGAAGCUGAGUUUGCCGCUGCUAUGGAAGGGAUCUUGUUAGCCAAGAAUAUGAAUGCAAGGGAGUUGUGGAUCGAGUCAGACUCGGCAGCGGUGGUGGCUGUGGUUCAAAAGCAUCAUAUCCCGUGGUUUGCUCUUCAAAAAUGGUUGUUUGCUCUUCCGUUUUUAGAAACUAUUCCAUGGAAAAUCACCCAAUGCUUCCGUGAAGCUAUUACAGUGGCUGAUUUUUUGGCGAAGAAGGCUUCAAAGUCUGGGAUAUCUGACUACUCCACUUCUUUUCCUAGUCAUGUUUUAGAUGAUUUAAAGAAUGAUGUUAUAGGCAGGCAUAGAUUCCGAUUCCUCUAG